UAUUUUUAUAAACCAAGUAACAAAAAAAAACCGCUUUUAUUCUUCUCUGAAUUAUGAUUUGAAUUUAUAAUUGGAGUAUGUGGUAUUUUUUCCCUGUGGAUGACAGUCACCGAGUAUUACUAGCAUGUUGAUGAUGUUAGUUUUUAUUGUCCAAAAUUAUUAAUAAGUGAUCCAAAUUCCUUAGUAAAAAAUAAUUGUGUUAGCGUGUUUUCGAGUUUCUAAACCUAGAGAUACAUAUUAUUUUAUUGGUUCCAAUAAAAAUAAGUUGGGUUUACUUACUUUAAUCAAGUGUGAAUUACUUUCACUUGCACUUUCUUUAGAGACAAUGGAAAUUUUAUUUAAGUUUUGAUUAGAAAGAAAGUUGCCUUUCUCAUGAAUAAAAAAGUUUUAUUGUACCCAUUUCGAUAAAGUAGAUGACGGUGAUGUUCUUAAGAGUCUUAAGACAGUGAGAGGUCAAGAAGAAACUAUAGUGAGUCGUUAAUAAUGAACUGUGCCGAGUUUAGGAAAUUUGGGAAGGAAAUCAUUGACUAUAUUGCUGAUUAUUGUGAUACUAUUAGACAAAGGCAAGUUGUUUCGUCCGUCGAGCCCGGCUAUUUAAAGAAUCUUUUGCCCGCGGAAGCCCCCGAAGCGGGCGAUUCCUGGCCGCAAGUCCUCCAGGACCUCAACCGGGUCAUAGCCCCCGGCCUGACCCACUGGCAUUCCCCCAACUUCCACGCUUAUUAUCCCACUGCAAAUUCAUACCCCGGAAUAGUCGGAGAAUUACUAUCAGCGGGCUUGGGAAUCAUCUCCACCGACCAAUUCCCGAAUCCGGCAUGUGUAGAACUCGAACGCAAAAUGAUGGACUGGCUUGCAAAAAUCCUCGACUUGCCUAAAGAAUUUAUGAAUAGUUCUGAUGGCCCUGGGGGUGGCUUUAUCCAAAACGCGGCCAGCGAAUCCACAUUAGUGGCUCUCCUGGCCGCCAAGAAUCGAAUUAUUUUGGAAACGGGGGUUGAAGAAGGGAAUUUGGUGGCUUAUACGUCCGAGCAGUCGAAUUCUUCUGUAGAAAAAGCGGGUCUUUUGGCUUCUGUGACUAUGAGACUGCUGCGAACGGAUGAAAAAGGCCAACUGAGGGGCGAAGUCCUCAAGGAGGCCAUCAAUGAGGAUAUCAGGAUGGGGUUGACGCCUUGCUGCGUCAUUGCCACUCUUGGGACCACCGGGACUUGCUCAUUUGAUCAAUUGGACGAAAUCGGGCCGAUUUGCCAGCAGUUUAAAAUUUGGUUGCACGUGGAUGCGGCUUACGCUGGCUCGGCUUUCGCCUGCCCUGAGUACCGCCACUUGAUGAAAGGGGUGGAAUUUGCCGAUUCGUUUAAUUUUAACCCCCAUAAGUGGAUGCUGGUCAAUUCCGACUGCUCGGCAAUGUGGUUCAGGGAUAUUCAAAGUAAUGAAUUGUUUAUCCAAAUUCCGGAUUCUCGCCGAUUUCGGGCGUUGAAGCUCUGGUUUGUGUUGAGAAUUUACGGGGUUGAGGGGAUACGGACCCAUAUCAGGGGGCAAAUCGCUUUGGCAAAAUUUUUCCAAUGUUUGGUUGAAAGUGAUCAGAGGUUUGAGGUGUGUACGGCCAGUAUGGGGUUGGUUUGUUUUAGAUUAAAGGGUGAGGAUGGACGGACGAAAGAAUUGUUAGAUAGGCUGGCGAAACGGAAGAAUAUUUUCGUGAUGCCGUAUUAUUAUCAAAGUCGAUUGGUUAUUAGGUUUGUAAUUUGUAGUAGAUUUACGGAAGAAAAAGAUGUGGUGUUCGCGUGGAGGGAGAUAAAGAGUCAAGUAGAAUAAUAAUUUACGUUAAGAGCGAGUUUUUUUUAACUAUCGAAUGACGUAAAACGCAGGUAACAUUACGAGUAUGGUUAUGGUUUAUUUUAUCCUAUCGAAUAUAAAUAAAACAGAUUAUGCUAUUUUUGUAGGUGUUUUAAAAUCGCUUUUUUUUUCGUGAAUAGCAGGUCGAAAUUGAAAAUUGUCUCCGAAUUACGUGAUAGUUUUGGGUCAGUUGUAUUUAUUAGUGUGAUUGUUGUAUUAAAAAUAAAAAAUAAAUAUUAAACUCAA